AUGAUCCCGCGUCGCAUCACUGUACCAAACGCACUCAUCACCACUGGGAGUGUCAGCAGCAGCCUCAGCACGCUGACUCGCAUCCUCGGUCCAGUCGUAGCUGGAGUACGUGGUGGUACCAAAGUAGUAGCCAUUACAAGUGGUAGCAACGGUGCCGACGGAUGGGACAGUGAUGUUGUCGCCCCAGAGGAUUGUGAAUUCGUUCUCGGCCGCUUGAGAUGUCUCCGCUGGCGUGACAGAUCCAUUCGCCGUAGGGCUCAAUUACGGCAAUACCGCCUUGUACCCCCAAGCGGGAUUCGUCGCCUUCAUAAUGGACUUUUCUCACGUGCAGAUCUGGACAAUAUUGACGAAAUACUUCUGAACGCGAGUAGUGGGUGGGUUGAGGCGAACAAGACUUUACAAAAAGUCAUCGAUGCAGCCGUUUGCACCGGAGUUGUGAAGCGUAUUGAAGCAGAAAUUACCAGACUGAUUUUUGAUGACGAUGGGAAUGUUUGUACUGGUGCUCGGACUGUAGAUGGCCGGAUCAUCUCAGCAGACUCGAUCAUCUUGGCGACCGGAGCGGAGACGGCAAAGCUGCUCGUAAAAAGUGUUCCAGAGAUUCCAGAGCUCCAUGUAGGCAGUCGUCUAUCGGCAGCAGGACUCAUCACAGGGAUCUUAAGACUCAGUCAGAAUGAAACGAGCCAGUUACGAUCCGCUCCUGCUUUUCUCAUCGCUGGAGGUAAAUCUCAAGGAGCAAUUAUACCGCCCAACACAGAGAAUGAACUGAAAAUCACAUGUGAUAUCAGUUUUACAAAUACGGUCGAGAUUUUCAGCAAAGCCUACGUUUCGAUGCCUCCAGAGGAUUACAUGUCAACUUACUCCAUUCUGUCGGCUGAAAUGAAUCGCGCGCUCGCCACUGUUAGAGAGAGUAUUCUAGGUGAUGGAACAAGGAACCAUCAUUUUGAGGACUGCCGGAUUUGCUGGGAUGCUAUCACGCCUGAUCAAGAUUUCAUUAUCAGCGCUCACCCGUACUGCAGGAACUUUUUCAUAGCGACUGGAGGAUCUUUUCAUGCUUGGAAAUUCUUGCCCAUACUGGGGAAGUAUGUAGUGCAGAUGCUUGAGGACAGAUUAGAUCCAGAUCUCGCCCAACGCUGGUUUUGGAAUCGGGAUUUUUCUGCCGCAGCCGCAAAUGAGAGAAUGAUGCCAGUGCGAGAGCUGAGGGAUUUGGCCAGUAACCAGGUAUUCAGCAGUUGA